AUGUCUGAUAACGUAUACAUUGUUGCUGCUGCAAGAACUCCAAUUGGUUCUUUCCAAGGUUCUUUGUCCUCUAAGAACUGUGUCGAUCUAGGUUCUGCUGCUGUCAAAGGUGCUUUAGCUCAAGUUCCAGAGAUCGAUCCAAGCACUGUCGAGGAAAUCAUCUUCGGUAACGUUAUAUCUGCUAAUGUUGGUCAAGCACCAGCUAGACAAGUGGCAUUAGCUGCUGGGUUGGGAAAACACAUUGUCGCCAGUACUGUUAACAAGGUUUGUGCUUCUGGUAUGAAAGCUAUCAUCUUGGGUGCUCAGGCCAUUAAGACCGGUUCUGCCGAUAUUAUUGUUGCUGGUGGUGCUGAAUCAAUGUCCAAUGCCCCAUACUACUUGUCGUCUCACCGUAGUGGUGCUAGAUUUGGUGAAAGCAAAGUCAUUGAUGGUAUUCAAAGAGAUGGUUUGAACGAUGCUUACGACGGUCAGGCCAUGGGUGUUCAUGCUGAGAAAUGUGCCAGUGACUACGAUUUCAGCAGAGAAGAACAAGACGAUUUUGCCAUUCAAUCUUACCAAAAGGCCCAAUUGGCUCAAUCUCAAGGUAAGUUCGACAAGGAGAUCGUUCCUAUCACUAUCAAAGGUUUCAGAGGGAAACCGGAUACCCAGGUGACGAAAGAUGAAGAACCAAGUAAGUUGAACGUUGAAAAAUUGAGAUCUGCUAGAGCUGUGUUUGCCGCAAAUGGUAAAGGUACUGUCACAGCACCAAACGCUUCUCCAAUUAACGAUGGUGGUGCUGCCGUGAUCUUGGUUUCUGAAAAGAAAUUGAAGGAACUAAACUUGAAACCAUUGGCUUUGAUCAAGGGUUGGGGUGAAGCUGCUCAUGAACCGGCUGAUUUCACUUGGGCACCAUCCUUGGCUGUUCCAAAAGCUUUGAAACAUGCCGGCGUCCCAGAUAUUUCCUCUGUUGAUUUCGUAGAAUUGAACGAAGCCUUCUCAGUUGUUGGUUUGGUCAACACCAAGAAAUUGGGCAUUGAUGCAGCUAAGGUUAACGUUUAUGGUGGUGCCGUUGCUCUAGGUCAUCCAUUGGGUUGCUCUGGUGCUAGAGUCGUUGUCACCUUGGCUAACAUUCUAAACCAAGAAAACGGUAAGAUUGGUGUCGCCGGUAUCUGUAACGGUGGUGGUGGUGCUUCUUCCAUCGUUCUAGAAAGAGUUUAA